AUGGAUGUUCUCUUUGAACGAAUCGUUUCCGCUCCCAACGCUUAUUUCUGCUAUCAGGAUGAGGAUUUGCCAGCGGAACCGGAGUCUGAGAGACCGCCGCCCAUCGACGACGAGGGGAAGCGGAAAAUUGUCGCCGACCUCUUCCGCGAGAACAAGUCGCUGUUUCUACAGCGGUAUAACAAUUACAUGCGAUUGGAGGAUUGUCCGUUGUUCGAUGACGACACCGAUUUUAUCGUGAAGCACUUUUUGACGCAAAUCCGGAAGCGAGAGACGCCCGUUACGUCGCACGGUGCUGCUGAGGAGCCGGAGACGACAGCCCUCUCGACGCCGUCCAAAAGCCAAGUUCGAAAUCGCCGCUACGCCGCCCUGGAAAAUCUAAAGAAGGAGGGCAAGUAUUUCUCGCAUGAAAAGAUGCGGGAGCGCGAGCCGCUGCUUUUUGAUAGGAUGAUUGGCAGACAUUUGGAAGAGGCCGAGCAGCAUCAACUGCGGCCUACCGUCGAGCGCCCCGGAUGGUCGGGAAUGAUGCAGCAGUUUGAAGACAGUAUGGAGGUGGCUGAGCGGCGGAAUGAGCACGACACAACGUGGACACGUGAUGCAAAAGAUGGUCCACCGAUGGGCGAAUUCAAGUCGAGGUUCAUGUCGCACGUGGAAAACAAGCUCGACCAAUUCGUGCCCGAUGACGACGAGGAUGAAGGGGAUGAGCCGCGGAAGCCAGGAGUCGCAAAGAUGCAUCAGAUGAAGGAUGAGGUCGACAAGAUCCACAACGACAUCGUGCUGGGGUUGGACGAGGCAGAUGAUGUCACUCCUGGAACCGAACGCGAAGAAUUCCUGGCGUAUAUGGAGGAUCGCUUUAUGGCCGGCAAGGAUACAAAAUUUUUCGACUAUUCGAAGGUGGACAACGACGCUUCAAUUGAUGAAAGGGACACGAUACGAGAGCGCGACCUUCAAGACAGAUGGUUCGAUGAAGAAGAAAUGGAU